CCCUGCUAACGUUAUCGGAAUGGUGCGGCGGCAUGGUGUGUGGACCGAAUACUCGGCCGGGGAUGGAUGGACGUACUUCUACAACGAAGAGACGCAGGAAAGCGCGUGGGAGAUGCCCAUCGAGGUGCGGGAAGCUCGAGGAGAGAUGCAGGCGAUGCUCAAGACAGCGUUGGCGUUCUCGGGAGACUGGGGUGCGUUCGACGCAGGGUUUGGGACGAUCUACUACUUCCACCUCCCAUCCAACCACAGUAUGUGGGAGCGGCCGGCUGAAUGGGGCCAAGAGCCGGAAAUAACGUAUGCCGAGCUUGCCCUCCAGCAGGAAUCUAAGCAAACGCCAGAACCGCCGCCGAUCUUUCCACCGCUCCCUCCAUCGCCAUCGACGACCACGACCGCCGAGACCACCCACGACGACAAGUCGACACCUGUAGAAACCGACGAAGAGCGUGCCGAAAGCAUCCAACGCAUCGAAGCGUUCCGGCAAAUGCUCCGCGACAAACACAUCAUGCCAUAUUGCAAAUGGGAGGCCGCGUUGCCUCGUAUCGCGUUAGACGACCGCUUCCGCGCGAUUCCAACCAUGGACGAACGCCGCGCCAUCUACGAGCACUUUCUCAAGCAUCGCAAGGCGGAAAUCGCAAAAGAAGGCAAAUCCAACUUCAAAGCAGCACGAAAAGAUUUCCGAGACGGCCUGGCGCUUGCAUUGGACCGAUUCCCGCUCGACCAGAUUUCCAAGAAGAAAAAGCCGUUUGAUGCGUUUAUAACGUGGUUCUCCACAGCGCAUGCCGAGAUAUUUGCUACUUUGGACCAUGCUCGAGGCGUAUUGUCGUUGGCUGACCAAGAAAAAGUCUAUCAGAAAAUGAUGGACGAAUGGCAUCCAGUGGCUCUGUUACGUCAUGCCGAACAAAAGCAGCUGCAAAACCACUUUGACGAUCACCCCGAGUGGCUCAAUGAGCUGAAAGAUUGGGACGACUCGAUGGUGAUGCCACAACUAUUGGUGCGCUGGCCGCCAGCUGCCCAGCAAGCCGUGUUUGAAGGAUGUCGGGCAGCCUUUCAAACCACUAAACAUGCAAGUAGCACCUUGAAAAAGUACGGCGCGGCGCCUCCCACCGCGCCGUCGAUGGCGUCGUUGACUUCCAAGGACACACACGCCGCCCACGCCGCCGAAUCGCUUGUCCAAGCUACAAAAAAGCGUGGGCCACCGUCGCCUAGUCAUUUGCAUGUAUCGUCGAAAAAAGUAGGAACGUCCGGCGAGCGCGUGCGACGUCGUUAUGAGGAUUGAACAUUACGGGGUUGAGUGGCUGCAAUAUGUAGAAGUUUGGGAUAUCGAAUACAGUAUGAUGGUAUUCAAACAUAAGAUAUAAGAGCAACGGACUCCUUAAAAGGUACAUAUAGCAAUGCGUGGGUACUGGUGG